AUGGCAAUAGAAGUCUUGAAAAACCAAGAUCUUCUUUUUGCAAAUAGGCCUUUUGCUGCUGCUGGUAAAGCUCUUCUCUAUGGAUGCACUGACAUUGGUUUCUCAUCUUACAGCGAAUACUUGAGGAAAAUUCGAAAGAUUUGCUCUUUCGAGUUGUUGAGUAUAAGAAGAAUUAAAACAUUCAAGUUUGUCAGGGAGGAAGAAAUACAGAUUCUGACCAGAAAGAUAAAACUCAUUUCCACAGAGAUUAAUUUGAGUGAAAUGUUACUUGCUCUCUCAAAUGACAUAAUCUGUAGGUGUACUCUUGGCAAGAAGUAUGAAAAGGGUGGCAACAAAAGGUAUAGUGAAUUGCCAGAGGAGGUGACCAAGCUAUUGGGCGCCGUCUGUUUCGGAGAUUUGUUCCCGUCAUUGAAGUUUUUGGAUGUUCUAACUGGAUUUACCGGUAAGCUGAAAAUGCUAUCCAAAGAAGUGGAUGCGUUUCUUGAUCAAGUAAUAGACGAGCACCUUACUAAGCAAGAAGGUGAUAAUGUCCAAGAAGAAAGGAAGGAAUACUUUGUAGAUAUUCUGCUCGCAAGCCAGACGGAACAACUAAACCUCACAAGAAACAAUGUGAAAGCCAUUCUACUGGACAUGUUUAUUGGUGGAACUGAUUCAUCAUCAACAACCUUGACAUGGGCGAUGUCAGAACUGAUCAAGAAGCCAGCACUGAUGAAGAAAGCCCAAGAUGAGGUAAGAGGAGUAAUCGGAAAGAAAACAAAGGUGGAAGAAGAUGAUAUAAGCCAAAUGAAGUAUUUAAGAUGCAUUAUUAAAGAAACUCUCCGGUUACAUCCUCCAGUACCACUUCUGAUUCCGCGAAAGAACUUCACUAGUACAAAAAUAAAAGGUUAUGACAUCCCACCAAAUACAACAGUAUUCAUUAAUGCAUGGGCAAUUCAGAGGGACUUGAAGUUUUGGGAUGAACCGGAAGAGUUUCGGCCAGAGAGAUUUGUCGACAAUCCAAUAGAAUACACGGGGAGCAAGGAUUAUGAGUUUAUGCCCUUUGGUGCUGGAAGAAGAGGGUGCCCAGGGAUACCAUUUGGUGUUUUGGUCGUUGAGCUUGUUCUUGCUAACCUCUUGUUUUGGUUUGAUUGGGAGCUUCCUGAUGGCACCGACUAUGAGAAGCUAGACAUGACUGAAAAUUUUGGUAUGAAUGUCUCUAAAAAGAUCCAUCUGUGCGUCUUCGCUAUGCCUCAUUUUCCUUGA